AUGGCGUCAUUUAGACUAGCAGAUCCUAGGACUACCACAGCAGCAGUUCGAUCCUACAGUCUCAAAGUCGAAAAAGAAAGGCCAGAAGAUCCUUUAUCCCAAGCACUCGGUGCCACGGUUCAGCAGGCAGACCAUCAACAAAGUAUUCAACGUAUCAAAGCACAGGAGUGGGUUAGCUGGCUCCAGAAUGACUGCUCUAGUGAUCCGAUUUUUGAUCCGUUAGAGCAACAGCGCAAAGAGUUGAUUCGAGUCUUGCAAGAGUUUCAAAGACUCUUCGUCCCUCCAGGAGACGUAAUAUCCGGGAUUACUCACUCGUCACUUCCUAGCAUUGCAACAUUGCAAGCGGCAGUCAAUGACGCCCGUGUUGGAUGGGAGGCCAAGCAUGAGACUGGCAUUGGCCUCGCCAGGAAUCGGUUCCUCCGCUUCAUGGAGACAAUGGAUGAUCACUCAUUCUUAUUCAAGUUUGUUCCGACAGAGGACAAGUACAUCAGCCUCCUCACCGGAGUCGUGGCAUCGGUUGUCAAGGUACCUUACCCAGCACCACCCUCCAUCGCCUCAGCGAACUACCAGAAGAUUGCCGAGGGAUUCUCACUUGCACUUGUGGAAAUAAGGGAGAACCUGAGAUUGGUGCAGAAGAAAACACAAGUGGCAAACACAAAAGAAAUGCAGAGGCUUGUCGUGGCACUAUUUCUGGCCUCGUUCAACAAAGGAUUUCAUGACAAGACGGUAAAAGCCAUGGUUGAUGGUAUCCCAAAGACAAUCGGCGACAUCCGCAACGAGGCGCAACACACUACUGAGCUCCGCAUUGAGCACAUGCAUCAAAAGAUGAACGACCUGGAGCCAAUUUUGGCCAGGCUGUUACAGCCUGGAAUCCAGACUCAUGCGGACACACAGCAGCAGGUCAAUGCGAAAGUUGCCGCAGCAGCACAGGGCUUCCAGAGACUGGGUGAGAAUGCUGUGCAUCAGCUCGAAUGUGUUGAGGAUCAGGUCACACACGCGCCUUGA